AUGAAGCUCCAUCUCCUGUCGGCGGUUGGCGCUCUGGCAGCCGUUGCCAAUGCCUCGACCUUGACACCGCCAGUGCUACCACUAGUCGUGCGAAACCCAUACUUGAACACCUGGCUGACCCAAGCGCGGGGCAAUCCGUGGGACCAUUGGCCCAUCUUUUGGACGGGCAGCACAUUCGGCUUUGGAAUACUGGCAUCGGUACCGGAUACCAAAACUGUAUACCCCCUGCUUGGCGAGCCUCAUGCCUUCCUCGAGAAGAAAGAUAGUAGAUACAACCUCUCCUACCCUCACUAUGACGGAGCUACAUUCGAUGCUUCGACUACGAACCUGACGUACACCAUUGCGAAUGAAGGCGCCGGCACGGAGGUCAAAAUUACUCUAUCGUUUAUGUCUCCCAUAACACCAACCUCGACCUUCCGUCAAGCAUUGCCAGCAUCGUACAUGACCUUCUUCGUGGAGGGGAACCUGGAUAUCAGCCUCUUCAUUGACAUCAACGGGGAGUGGGUCAGUGGAAACCGACACAAUGAGAUCGCAUGGUCGUUGGAGAAGCCAGAAGUGUCUGAGCGAUCGGGGUUCACACCAUUGAAGAUCUGGAAGAUCUCACGGCAGUAUCAGCAGCAUCUGACCGAGUUCGACGACCAAGCCGAGUGGGGCACUCUAUACUUCACUGCACCUGCAGAUGUCGAACACCAAAGCGGCGAGAUUUAUUCGGUGUACCGGCAAUUUGCAAAGCAUGGGAACUUGACCAACGAAGUUGAUUCAUCACCACGCCGCAUGUUCGAUCGCGAGCCAAUUUUCGCAUAUACGAAGCACUUUAAACUUCAGAACGAGUACAACAGCUCCUCUAAAGCUGACAGUGCGCGGUUCACAUUCUCCUUGAUCCAGGAUCCCGUAGUUCAGUACGCGUCGUCUCGCGGGCUGACACAAAUGCGACCUCUCUGGGCAUCUUACUUCUUCACGGCAGAGGACAUGUUACAGUACCAUUAUGACGACUUCAAGACUGCAACGAAGCUGGCAGGUGAUUACUCAGAGCAGCUGGCGAAGGACGCGCUUGCGUCGGGAUCCGAAGACUAUAAGGAUAUAGUAGCGCUUUCGGCUCGACAGAUCUUCGGCGCAACCCAAUGGUCGGGAACACCAGACAACCCCAUUCUUUUCCUCAAGGAGAUCUCGUCCAACGGAAACUUCCAAACCGUUGAUGUCAUCUUCCCAGCAUUCCCCUUUUUCUUAUACACCAACCCGCAGUGGCUAGCUUACCUGCUCGAACCUUUACUGGAGCACCAGCUCAGUGGCCAGUACCCCAACGACUACAGUAUGCAUGAUCUAGGAACUCACUUCCCCAACGCAACCGGACACGGCGACGGUAACGACGAGUAUAUGCCGGUUGAAGAGUGCGGUAACAUGCUGAUCAUGGGCUUGGCAUUGGCGAAUGCGCUGAGGGACGGAUCCGCGGCCGUUUACGCCCGAGAAGCCCCUGCUUCCACACUCCGCCUCCAGUCUGGGCUUCCUGAGAAACCUUUGACUGUAGACGAGUAUGGCAUGGACAGAAGCUUCGAAGAGAUCGGGACGACUGGGUCGAAGGUAGCUACCAAGUGGGUGCAGCGAUCGUACUCACUUUGGAAGAAGUGGACGGGCUACCUUGUCCGAGAAUCACUUAUCCCGGCCAACCAACUGUGCACCGACGAUUUCGCAGGUUGGCUCGCCAACCAGACGAACCUGGCAUUGAAGGGCAUCGUCGGAAUCAGGGCGAUGAGCGACAUCUCAAGCCUUGUAGGCAACGAACGGGAGGCAGGUGAAUACAGGAAGAUUGCGGAAGAGUACAUCGACAAGUGGCAAGAUUUCGGUAUCUCUAGAGACGGCACACACGCAAAGUUGUCCUACACCUGGCAGGGUUCAUGGACGACCCUCUACAAUCUCUACGCUGAUGCCCUUCUGUGCUUUCACAUUGCUGACAACAAGUCGUCUCUCGGCCACAGCCGGUUCUGGGGAGAGGAUCAGACAAGGCUGGGCGGAGACUCGGGCAAGAGUUCGAGAUCAACCUUCAUCCCAGACAAGAUCUACCAGAUACAGAGUGACUGGUAUCACAAUGUGCUCCAGAAGUACGGGUUGCCUCUGGACCAGCGUAACCUGCAGACAAAGAGUGACUGGGAGUUCUUCGCUGCAGCAGUUACUAGCAAGAAGACUCGGUCCGAAAUCUUGCAGCAUGUUGCCCGGUGGGUCAAUGAGACAUCUACAGAUAUACCCUUCACGGAUCUGUAUGAUACCGAGGGAACGGGGCACUUCCCUGAGUCCGGCAUAGCCUUCAAGGCUCGCCCAGUGGUAGGCGGUCAUUUUGCCUUCUUGGCGUUGGAAAGAGCCUGUGGCGGCAAAGCUGUCGAGGGGCUCAGGUUCCUUGACGUGGCCGAGCCAGCGAGUAUUGAUGUAUAUGCAGCAUUAGAGGCCGAAAGGCGCGAGGGUACGGCAGGGAAAGGGCCGUCCGAGCUUUGA